GACAAUUUAAGAAGAAUAACCUUGUUUAUAUCAUUGAUUAUAAUAAGUUCAGAUUUUUGAAACUUGCUUGUUUUUUUUGCAAUUUGUACAAGUAAAGUUUGACAGACAUGACUGCGUUUGAAGAAUUCGGAGUCUUGCCAGAAAUCGCCAAAGCUAUAGAUGAAUUGGAAUGGAGUUUACCCACUGAUAUACAGGCAGAGGGGAUACCCUUGGUGCUUGGUGGUGGAGAUGUUCUCAUGGCUGCUGAAACUGGCAGUGGUAAAACAGCGGCAUUUUGUUUACCAAUUAUUCAAAUUGUAUGGGAAACCAUAAAAGAUAUACAAUCUGGAAAACUAGCUAAAGUAGCGAGCAAUUCUUCUCCUCCAUGGACAAUGUCAACACAUGAUAGAGAUUCUGCUUUAGCUGUGGCUCCAGAUGGACUUAGAGUCCAAUCACGUGAACAAAAAGAGUGGCAUGGUGUAAGAUGUACAAGGGGUGUUUUAGGUGGAAAGUGGGGAUUUGAAGCAACUGUAACUGAUGAAGGUUUGUGUCGAGUUGGAUGGUCUACACUAAAUGCAAACCUGGACCUUGGAACUGACAGAUGUGGGUAUGGCUUUGGUGGUACAGGAAAAAAGUCUAAUAAUCGGCAGUUUGAUAAUUAUGGGGAACCUUUUGGCAAAAAUGAUACAAUUACUUGCUUAUUGGAUAUGGAUAAAGGAGAAAUAAAAUUUCUGAAAAACGGGGUAGAUCUCGGAAUAGCAUUUUCAAAUCUUAAUACAAAGGAAGCUUACUUUCCUGCUGUUGUUCUAAAGAAUGCCGAGAUGGCUUUCAAUUUUGGUGAUAAACCAUUUAAGCACAGUUUGCCUGACAAGUACUUGCCUUUAAUAAAUGCUGUUAAAGAACAAGUAGCUAUGAAUACAAUUGGACAAGGCUCUUCUGGGGAACCAUCAACAAAAGUGGCAAACAAUGCACCACAAGCUGUAAUAAUAGAACCAUCGAGGGAAUUAGCAGAACAGACUUGUAACCAAAUAAAACUUUUUAAAAAGCAUUUGCAAAAUCCAUCCAUUCGAGAACUUCUAGUAAUUGGUGGUGUAAAUGUCAGGGACCAGAUUUCAUUUUUGCAAAAUACAGGCGCGGACAUAAUAGUCGGCACACCAGGAAGACUAGAAGACCUUAUUCAUGGAGGUUAUCUUUCCUUAUCCAAUUGUCGAUUUUUUGUCCUUGAUGAAGCGGAUGGACUUCUAAAACAAGGUUAUGGUGACCUCAUAGAGAGAUUGCACAAGGCAAUGCCUAAAAUUACUUCCGAUGGACGAAGACUGCAAAUGAUUGUUUGUAGUGCCACUCUUCAUGCAUUUGAGGUCAAGAAAAUGGCAGAAAAGCUUAUGCAUUUCCCAACAUGGGUAGAUCUUAAAGGUGAAGAUGCCGUCCCCGAAACUGUUCACCACGUCGUUGUUCCUGUAGACCCACAGAAUGACAGAAGUUGGCAAAAUCUCAGAAGACACAUUAUAACAGAUGGAGUCCACCAGCAAGAUAAUGUGAGACCAGGAAACAACAGCCCUGAAACACUUAGCGAAGCUGUCAAAUUAUUAAAAGGCGAAUAUGUUAUUCGGGCAUUGUGUGUGCAUAAUAUGGACAGAGCUAUAAUUUUCUGCAGAACAAAACUUGACUGUGACAACUUGGAAAAAUACUUGAAGCAGAUUGAUAAAAUGAAAUUUUCUUGUGUUUGUCUUCAUGGUGACAGGAAACCCAACGAGAGGAAACGAAAUUUGGAAUUGUUUAAAAAUGGGGAUGUUAAAUAUUUGAUUUGUACUGAUGUGGCAGCUCGAGGUUUAGAUAUUUCUGGUCUCCCAUUUAUGAUCAAUGUCACAUUACCAGAUGAAAAGUCCAACUAUGUGCACAGAAUCGGUCGUGUGGGUCGAGCCGAGCGAAUGGGAUUAGCUAUUAGCCUUGUCGCAAGUGUACCAGAAAAGGUUUGGUAUCAUGGAGAGUGGUGCCAUUCGCGUGGAAGAAAUUGUUGGAACACCAAUUUGACAGAUGUCAAAGGCUGUUGCAUGUGGUAUAAUGAACCACAGUAUCUGGCUGAUAUAGAAGAACACUUGAAUGUAACAAUUCAACAAAUAGAACCAGAUAUGCAGGUACCACAUGAUGAUUUUGAUGGAAAAGUGGUUUAUGGACAAAAGAGGCAACAUGCUGGCUCCAACUACACUAACCAUACUGCCCAAAUGGCUCCGAUAGUUAAGGAUUUAUCCAAACUGGAAAGUGAAGCGCAGUUAAUUUAUUUGAAACGUCAUCUUACUAAAACAGCGCGCAUGGCUUAAAAUUUCAGAAUGUACUGGUGUAUUGUGAAUCUUGAAAUAAAAGUUUGAUUAAAAAGUCAUUAGUGACACAAUAUUAAAAAAUUUCAUACUCUGUUAAAGCUGUGAAUUGUGCAGGUA